AGAGCUAGGCGCGAGAGAUAUACGUGCCGCUAUGGCAGAGGCGGCAACAGAUAAUUCUGUGAAUACAGAAUAUGCAAAUAACACCGCCUUUCUUGUGGAGAAUGUUGACAUAUAUCGGGAAAUGAUCAUCAGGAAGGUUCGAUGUGGUUCCUUCAUCGGACGCAUGUGUUUCCCUGAAAGCUUUGGGGCGAAAAUCGGAGACAUACUGGAGAAUGAAAACAUGGAUCGACAGAUGAAAGCUACGACUAUAUUCCUGGACUACCUCAAGGAACGGAAGGAUCCCCGGGACUAUCAGCUGUUUAUGCAACUGCUGGAACAGAAUGGUUAUGAAGCCUUAGCAGGAUUCCUGAAGGGGAGAACCGGAUCUCGACAAAGAUGCAGACCACAUGAGACUCUUGAAGUUCUUUGUUGAGGACAUCAGUAACAAAAUAGAUGUUGAGGCUCUCUAUCCGUGCCUUGUUCAGGACAACUGGUUGGAUGACGAAGAUGCUCACCGCCUGAGAAACAUAGCUGCAACAACAGGUAGGAUCCCUGCAGCCCGGUGGCUGGUUCUGAUGAUCCUUCCUCGCCGCAAGCGUCACUGGCUCAAACUGUUUCUUCAGCUUCUACGGGAUCAUGGCUUCGACGAACUUGUUGAAUGGAUCGAAGGAGAUGUCAGUAGUCCAGGCUGUCCUGACAGUAGCAGUUCUCCUGAUGACGACACAAGAAGCGAUGGCACAUGUUCAAUGGAUACCUUGUCAGCUUCAGGUGAUGCAUACAGCUUCGAAAACAAUUUGGAUCCCAACCCACACGAAGACCAAAGUCUUCAUCAGUUUACGUAUCUUGAGAAAACGGGACCAAAACGUGGCGACCUUCCAGGACUCCCCCGUAAGGAUAGACGCAUGGUUGACAAGUGGGCCGAGAAGACUUUAGACAUACCAAGAGACAUUGACGAUGGGAGUGUGGUUUCAAGCAUCGAGGACAACGCACUCCAAGACCUCAACGAGUAUGACUUUGUUUCACAUGACCUAAUGGAGACACGAGCUAACGUAAUCAAACCUCUCGAAAACCGACCUUACCAAGACGAAUUGGUGAAUGCAGCAGCCGACGGGAACAACGUCAUCAUUGUAGCACCUACUGGAUGCGGAAAGACAGUGGUGGCUCUCAGAAUCAUGCAGGAGCACCUUGAGAAGAAGCAAGGUCUCGGGAAAGUUGUCUUUUUUGCCAAUGAGGUUACGCUUGUGGACCAGCAGUAUGAGAUGUGUAAAGGACAUAUAGAAGACUCGAUCAAGAUCGAAAUGAUUGUUGGGGAAACAAAAGGAAAGAGCAAAAUACCCAUUGGGGAUUUUAUCAGACAAACUGACCUCUUGUUCGUGACACCACAGAUCAUUGUAGAUGCCAUUGCAGAUAAAGCCAUCGACUCCUUGUCGAUUUUUACCCUUCUUGUGUUUGACGAGUGUCACCAUGUGUUGUCCAAUCACCCUACCAACAGGGUCAUGACUAAAUACCUCGACCUCAAACUGGAAGGAAUGGCAUCUUUGCCACAGGUGGUUGGGCUCACAGCAUCCGUUGGAGUAGGGAAGAAGAAGGAAGCAACGUUAAAGAAAGGAGCUAUCAGUCACAUCAGAGCCCUGUGUGCCACACUGGAUGCUACAGGGGGCUUGGUGACAGUGAGGAGGAACAAGGAGAAUCUAGACGAAUACACCCAUUUCGUGGAGACAGCUAUCAAGAUGACAAAGGAACGACCGUCCGACCCCUUUAAGCAAGCCGUGGAGGCCAUUAUGGCGGAGAUUGAAACACGUAUGACAAGUCAGGAGCCCUACCUUGGAUUUGAUAGAGAGGACGAACCACUUGGAGGCAGGUUUAAGGCAUCUGCAAUCAGAGGUACAAUGACAUACCACCAAUGGCUCAGUAAGCUGUACUAUACCGUUAUUCCUGCCAUAAGAAGUGCCAGCUUUCGUCGUUCGUUCAUCACAUGUGUUCAGCAUCUCAUCAUAUAUAACCAGUCGUUAUUCAUCAACCAACAUUGCCGAGCUCGCGACGGGAUGCUUGUCAUUGAGAAGGCCUUCGGUGACAGUGUGGCGAAUGUCGGAUGUGAUACAGAGAAUUGGCUCAACGGACUGUACAAAGAAAAUCGAUGGAGGCUUGAAGCAGAAUCGAAAUCCCAUGCAUUCUCGAACCCACGCCUGAUCUUACUGAAGCUGGAAGUGAUGAAUCAAGUAAAAAAGAAUCAGACUUCAAGGAUUUUGAUUCUUGUGAAAUUGCGUUCACUCGCUGGCGCCCUCUGUCGAGUGUUGACUGAGACCACGGAGACUAAACAUCUAAACCCGGUGAUCGUCACAGGCUGUGGAGCACCAAGUGAUGCAGGAGGCAUGACCCGUCCUCAGCAGAUUGAAGCUGUAAAAGCUUCAAGUGGGGCACAAGUCGUGUGGCAGUUGCAACUUCUGUGGCUGAGGAGGGAAUGGACAUCACGACGUGCAGUCUAGUCAUCAGAUACGAGUAUGUGUCUGACGAGAUAGGGAUGAUCCAAGCAAGAGGUCGAGCAUCGCGUGUUGAGGAUGGCACGUACUGUCUCAUAACCGGGAACCCUUUGUUGGCGAGACAAGAAGAAACCAACGCCGUGUUGGAGACCAUUAUGAAUGACGCAGUUGAUGCCUUACAAAAGGAGCUCGACGAAGAUCCCGCCACCUUCCGUCAGUCGAUAGAUCAAAUCCAAAGGAAGCAAAAACUUGAGAGAGAGCGACAAAAAAGUACUUUCUCUAAAGGGUCCGAAAAGCCUUGCGACAUAUCGACUCAAGUGCUUCAAAUGCGAUGUGUACAUAUGUGACUCGUCUGAUAUACGAAUUGUGAACUCGUGUCAUCAUAUGGUGGUGACGUCCAAUAUUGGCAAGUUAAUCACAGUGAAAAGUAAGAAAUCCAUUGUGAUUGACGACUUAAAGAAGGUCAGUAAAAUUCACUGCAAGAAGUGCAAUCAUGAGUGGGGCUCUGGGAUGGUGUACAGGGAUGUCAAAUGGGUUGUGUUGGCCAUUAAAAAUCUAAUGGCUUACGACAGUCGUAAUAAGCAACAUCAUCGCAAGGUAUGGAAGGACGCGCCCUUCGACUGUUUGGAAAUGACGGAUCACGACAUACAGACUUACAGAGAAUCAUUUUGAGUGAUAAAAUAUUUCUUAAAUGAACAUGCUCAACCAGAAUUCAUCGAUGCGUUUAUACUUGGAUCUUGAAUUUGUUGCGUGUGUACAGUAAUGUUUAUCAUUCAGUUGCCUACCACAUGAAACAACACAAUCUGAACUUUUCAACUGCGACACUUCAUGUCGUUUCAGACUGUAAAUAGUUUGUCUUCUCAAAUCUUGAACUGUUUUGCAGUCUUCAAUUAUCAUUGGGCAAGAUCCACAUCGAAAUGUGUGACGUUCUGUUGCACCUGAAAGGAAUUGUUUGAGAUGUACUUGUGCGUAGAAGUUUACCCUCACAUGCACGUUAAACCGGAGCUACUGAUUCGCAUUUCAUCAGUUUGUUUGCUAUUCGACGCCACACUCAGCAAUAUUCAAGCUAUAUAUUGACGAAUAAUCGAAUAUGGUCCAGGCAAUCCAGUGACUGACAUCAUGAACAUCGAUCUACGCAAAUGGGAUACGAUGGCAUGUGCCUUACGACCACCAUGGGCUGCUGAAGACCAAUUAUAACCCGAAUCCUCAAGGGUGAUGCGUGUGCCUGUGCGUAUGCGUGGUGCGUGUGCGUGUGCGUUUUAGUGUGUUAGCUCACAUAAAAUAGGGAUUGUGUAUGGAGUUUGUAUGUAUUCAGAAUAAUUCACUUGUAUAGCGCCUAAGUUCCAGGCUAGGCCUGCUCAACGGCGCUUUUGAGGAAAGCAGUGGAAAAAGUUAUUGGCUAAACCAAAAUAUUUUUAGAGACUUUUAGGAUUGAACAGAGUCAGCAGAUUUGAUGUUCAUUGGGAUGGAGUUCCAGAGUCGAGGAGCAUAUACAUAGAAGGCAUUUUCAGCGAGUUGAGUAAAUGUUGAUGGGAUGGAGAGUUGCUGCUUGGUUGAGGAUCUGAGAGUUCUUGCGGGCUGGUACAGAUUAAGAAGGUUUUUGAGAUACUGUGGUGAGGAGUCCACAUUAAGUGUGGAGUACGUGAGAAGAAGACGUUUGAAGACGUUGUUGUAAUGUCAAAGAAAACUUGUUUCGUAUAUAAUUAUUACAGGAUAACGUAUAUAUGCGUUAAAAUGUAUUUCACUACGAACCUAUUUCAGAUGGAAGAUAAUUGAAAUACUAUUAAAAGGAGCAAUCGUAUAGUGUUCACUUUGGGGUAGGUUCGUUUCAGUCUCUUACCACAGUGGAAUGGAGGAGGCAUGCUUUUACCACCAUACCUAUAAGUAGGAUUUAACAAAAGGUUUCAAGCUUUCCAGCCUAAAAGUUAAUAUCGAAUGGCCAGAAUGUCUAGAUUUGGAAAAUUCUUCAAAGAGUGAGCGAGUAUAGUUUUACUCAGCUUUUAGCAAUAUUCAAGCAAUAUCACGGAGCUGAUGUGAGGAAUCGAAUCCGAGUCUUAAGCAUGACGAGCAAACGCUUUAACCACCGCCCACCGCCCAUCGCCCACCGCCCGCCCACGCCUCACCUUCCCUAUUCUUCUAAAGAAUGUCAUUUCAAGCUUAAUUAAAGGGUCACAGGAUAAUAUAACUAAACAAAUGUGUUUGAGGAAUGUACAUGUGUUGGUGUGAUUAUCAGUAAGAUUAUGUCAUGUCAUGUAGUUUUUGCAAUACAGUUGUGUUUGGUAUUAUUGUGAAACAACUUCAGAAUUAAGGCUGAUCCGUGCGUUUUGGGAAACGAUCAAAUGAAGCGUCCCAUAAAUAUCACUAUUUCGGGGCAUGCCUCGAAAUGAACUAGUGAUUGAAUGGGUUCAGAUGCCACAUCACGCAUCGUAGAAAUGUCAGGAACUUAAUAUUUGACGUGACAGAUUCUGUGCAUUAACAUGCAGGCUACCUCAGCACACGUAGAAAGGUAGACAUGAUCCCAAGUAUUUGCUAGAAAUACUAAAUGAUAGGGCGGGAUAUCAAUAUUGUUAGUGAAAACCAUAAUACUUAUAUUGUGAUAUUGUUAGACUCAACGACUGGAGAUGGCGAUUAGCAGUUGGACCUACUACCAUUCUCGCGGUAAUUCUAUGAAAUGGCUGAGAAACAUGUUUAAUCAUUUCAGGUACAUACUUGUAGUUGAUGUCGUGACACUGUCCUGGCUGUGGUUUUACUGGUUUACCAGGAGAAAUCAUUACGUAUACAAUCUACAUACAUGAAUUGUUACUUUUCUUUUCGUAUAUCUUCAUGUAUUAUAUUCUAUUUAUGAAUUGUAACUUGUUUUUCUCCAACAAAAUUUGUUUGAAACAUUGUAAUUAUAAGAGGAGCCAGUAUAUAUUGAAAUAAACUUCUGUAACACAAA